AUGCCCAAGGUUCGAAUACAAGCGCGGGCACUCACACACGCGCGGCGCGCAUCAACGACGGUGCAUUCUGCGCAUGUGUGCCUUACAGCGCGCGCGGCCGCUCUUGAUACUGCAGAGUGCACGUUGCAUCAAGUAUCAAGACGGUGGUGCCGGUCGCUCGCUCGCAGUAAAUACAAGGUAAUGGCUAAGUACGCACGCCGUCUAGUACGGAGUAGUCCGACGGUGCAGUCCCGCCUAUGCACAAUCCGUAGCGAGUCGCAUUUCCGCUCCCACACACGCGACAAACGAUAA